UUUUUUCCUUAAAAGCAACGAUAUACAAGCAAAGAAUACAGAUUACAGAACUUUGUGACGAAUGCAAAAAAUAAAUAAUUAUUGCUACUAACAUUAGAAUAUAGGACAGGAAAAAAUAAACAGUUAACAUUGAUGAUUUAUGCGGAUGUUUUUACUUAGAGUAGCUAUCUCUCGAAUCUGUCGUCAUCGCGUUCACGACAUCACACGUUCUUGAACUUGCACAACUUGACUUGAUCACAACGACGAUCAGUCACGAUUUAUCAACGGAGAGAGGUACGAGUGCGCCGAACCGAGGGAAGAAUCGAAGACCAUUCAGUCGAUUAUCGUAUCGUAACAUUAUAACGCACAAAUUGGUAUAUUAUAGUAAACAGUCUUCGUGGAAGAGAGAAUUGAAACGAUUGUGGAGGCACAAAGAGGAAUGUCGACGUCCCGACGAAGAGGCGGAUAGAUUUUACUUACUAACGAGGUUUCCUGCAUAACUCGUCAACGAAAAUGAGGCCAUUCGCAAUCGUUCUCGCCCUUUUCCCUUGGUUAAUGAUCGUCGAUUGCGUUUCGAUCGGAAGAUUCUGCGAUCCAGAAACUGGGGAUGAUUUCCAACGCGCACACGUCGGCCUGAUUAUCUCGCCCAUAAUGUCCAUUAAAAUGAUACGAGAGAUCGAGAUUUAUUGGAACCACGUCAAGUAUCGACCGGGCGAUACGAUAGCUCUUUACACGAGCGAACCCACGAGCGACCUCGAGCCAAUUUAUACCCUGAUACCAAACGCGCCGAGUGGUAUCGAGAGGACCGGAGUACAGGCCACGUUUGUCCCCACCUCGAGUCUCAUGUUUGUUCAACAAUGUCUACAGUACUAUGUCGCCUGGUUAAGAAACGGCACAAUAAGAUUGACAAACUGUCUGCAAACGCAUCCUCAGUGGAUGGCAGAGAGGAGGAACAGCCUAGGAUUAUUAUCGAUGAGCAGGAUAUUCCUACCAGGUACACAUGAUUCUGCAUCGUACGCGAUACACGAGCAGGCGAACUCUGAGAACAUCGUCGAGAAAUUCGUAAUAACACAGGAUGUGGACGUGCUCGCGCAAUUGAUCUAUGGGGUUCGAUAUCUGGACAUCAGGGUCGGACACUAUCCUAACACGAAUUCGAUAUGGUGGGCCAAUCAUGGGGUAUUUAAAUCUGUUCCUAUGCAAAAUGUCGUGAACCAAGUGAAGACCUUUCUUGAUAAUACAAACGAGAUCGUGAUAUUCGACAUCCAGGAAUUUCCCGUUGGUUUUGGGAAAAAUCUGGGAGUGCAUCACAAUUUCGUUGGAUUUCUCGAGGAACAAUUUGCCGGAUACUACUUGCCGAAGAGUUACGGGUGGACCAGCACGCUGAAUACAAUCUGGUCAUCUGGGAAAAGACUCAUAAUCGGUUACGACGAAAAACGAGUGGUCAAUCGUUACGAGAGCAUAUGGCCCUGCGUGACACAUCAAUGGGGAAACGUCAGAAACAUCGAAGAUUUGUUUAACUAUCUGAAUCGUAUCGAAACGGAAAGUCUCGGGUAUCCUAGAGCGAUACCGAGAUCAGCGAUGGCAGAAUUAACACCUAAUACAUGGGACGUAAUCUUAAAUAGACUUGGAAGCAUUCGUGAGAUGGCGGAGAAAGUUAAUAUCAAUGUCACAAAUUGGUAUAAUAGCAAGUGGCAACAUACAGCCAAUAUCGUCGCUGUCGACUUCGUCCGAUCGUCCGGCAUCAUCGAAACUGCAAUCGAAUGGAACGAAAAACGAAAUUCGCAUUGUUAAGAUUUUGCGUAAAAGUUAAAAAAAAUUGCACAAACCAAAGUUUGUUAAUGCACUCAAAUAAUAAUUCAUAUCAUGCCAAGCAACGCGCGAAAUUUUAUGCCAGUACUUAAUAACUUAUUAUUUCGAUUCCAUAGUCUAUUUUUGUGGAGUUAUAGUGUAUGAAUAUACAAUAAAUUUUAUAUAUAAAGGAGAUGAAUCACGCAAUUAUACAGACAAUGUCUAUAAUUGAAGGAGAAUAAAUAUCUCGUAAAAUAUU